AUGACAAUCUAUCACAUCGUUCUGUUCGAGUUCAAGUCUGACCUCACCAAGGAGCAGAUCCAAGAAGCAUCCGAGGGCAUGGUGGCUUUGCAGGAGAAACUCAUGCAUCCUGUGACGAAGAAGCCGUACGUGAAGCGAUGGGGCGGCAUCAACAACAGUCCGGAGGGAAGAGCUCGCGGCAUGACCCACGGCUACCUCUGCCUGUUUGAGAACGAACAGGAUCGGACCUACUACCUGGAGGAGGACCCUGACCACAAGGAAUGGGUGCAAUUCGUCAAGCCUUUCAUUUCGAAUGCGCAGGUGGUUGACUUUGUGGACGGCGUUCACGUUUGA